CCCUCGGGCGUCUGGUGUUGGCCUGGUUCCCAUGUUGCCCCUGCCCACACUCUGGGGGCGUGACUGGGGCAAGUCCCUCCUCUGGGAGGCUCGGAUUCCUCAUCUGUGAGGGGACUAAUCACAGCACUUCCUCAUAGGGUUUUUGGGAGGAGUCAAUGGCACACUGUACGUAAUGUGCUUGGCACGGGGUCUGCGCGCAGCGGGGCUCGGUGAAAGCUGCUCUCCAGCAUGGGGGAAGGUUGGGGCAUGGUGUCCUUGGCCAGGUCUCCAGGAACCCGGGCUGCUGGCCUCAGUCCUGCUCUGAGCACGGAAGAAGGAGGGAACUGGGGUCUCUGGAGCUGGCCUAGGACUAGCAGGUUGGCGCAAAGAGCCCAGGCCCGCCCGCUUCGGACUCCAGGGGUCUGGGGUGACGCCCAGUGCCGGAGGCCUCCCGACAACAGCCAACGCUCAGCCCGCCAUGGGGCUUCUCCCCUCCUUAGACCCUUCUAGGGCUGCCCUUGGAGCCUAAGCCCCUACCCACUUGUCAAGAGUGCCAAGGAAGGGUCCCUACAGGCCUGGUCACUUUCUACUAGGUCCAGCCCGCCAAGCACCCCCCACCCCCGCCCCAGAGGAGGGCUUCUGUACCCAUUCACCCCCCUUCCUCAUCUGCUUUGAGCCUGUGCUCUGAGGGCCUGACGCAUGCCCAAAUCAGCAUGCGUGUUUGCAUGAAUGGGUGCAGGCCUGCCUGUGUGUAGCAUGCGUGCUGGGGGGGUGGGGGAGUGGGGGGGGUGGCCUGGCUGCACGUGCUGCAUUGUGGGCGGGCCCUGAGCAUGUUCACUGAGAUGUGUGUGGCCUGCCUUAGAAGGGCAGGGACAUAGUACCUUCUCACAUUCGUGUGUAUCCGUAUGUCUUUCUACACGUGUGCUGGUAUGUUGGUCUGUCUUGUCUCCCCUAUAGACAGGAAGCCCUGAGCCACACGCCAGCGGGCGCCCUGGGAAGGUGACGUCACGACUAGCCCAGCCUAAUUUGGGGUUCCUGGUCCUGCUCCAGGAGUCCUCCAGCCUGCAGCCCCCGCCGAGGAGGGAGGACUGUCUACUGUGGGGUGGGGUCCGAGUCAGGGAUCGGGGGUCCCGGCUUGUAGUGUAGAGAACUCAGUGCUAUGCUGAGUCAGGAGCCCUGCCCCGAAGCCCGUGUGACCUUGGGCCAGGCCUUCGAGCUCGCUGUCCACAUUCAAUCAUCUGGAGAACACAGGGUCGGAUCUCUGAUUUCCGGCUGCCCCUGAGGCCCUGACGUUCGAGAUUUUAAGUCAGGUGGCAGGAGUGUGCUAACUUCGUUGGUGGAGGGAGCUGUGGCCAGAGCCUGGCGGCCGGGCCCUCGCUCGGUCCUGGGGUGUCCUGCUGAAGGGCGAGAGGAGAGCCAUGCCAGGCAGCGGCCCCAACGAGAGGAUGACAUGGCCUGGUCCGGCCCUCCCCGCGGCCCCCCCAACGCGCCCUCUCUCCUCAGCCCCGGGGACACCGCCCAUCCCGCCCCUCACCCGGACCCGCAGCCUCAUGGCCAUGUCCCUGCCGGGCAGUAGACGGGCCUCUGCUGGAUCCCGCAGGCGCACCUCUCCGCCAGUGAGCGUGCGGGACGCCUACGGCACCUCCUCUCUCAGCAGCAGCAGCAACUCGGGCUCCUGCAAGGGCAGCGACAGCAGCCCCACGCCCAGGCGCUCCAUGAAGUACACUCUGUGCAGCGACAACCAUGGCGUCAAGCCCCCCACCCCAGAGCAGUACCUGACCCCACUGCAGCAGAAGGAGGUAUGCAUCCGGCACCUGAAGGCGCGGCUGAAGGACACGCAGGACCGGCUCCAGGACCGGGACACGGAGAUUGAUGACCUGAAGACACAGCUGUCGCGCAUGCAGGAGGACUGGAUCGAGGAGGAGUGCCACCGCGUGGAGGCCCAGCUGGCCUUGAAGGAGGCCCGCAAGGAGAUCAAGCAGCUCAAGCAGGUCAUUGACACGGUCAAGAACAACCUCAUUGACAAGGACAAGGGGCUGCAGAAGUACUUCGUGGACAUCAACAUCCAGAACAAGAAGCUGGAGACGCUGCUGCACAGCAUGGAGGUGGCCCAGGACGGCAUGGCCAAGGAGGAUGGCGCCGGGGAGUCGGCCGGCGGGUCCCCCGCCCGCUCCCUCACCCGCAGCUCCACCUACACCAAGCUGAGUGACCCGGCCGUGUGCGGGGACCGGCCCCCCGGCGAGCAGCCCGGGGCUUCGGGCGAGGACGGGGCUGACAGCGGCUUCGCGGUGACCGACGACACGCUGAGCCGGACGGACGCGCUGGAGGCCAGCAGCCUGCUGUCGUCGGGCGUGGACUGCGGCCCCGAGGAGGGCUCGCUGCACGGCGGCUUCAGCCUGGGCCCCCGCUUCCCUGCCAGCAACACCUACGAGAAGCUGCUGUGUGGCACGGAGGCCGGCGUGCAGGCCAGCUGCGUGCAGGAGCGUGCCAUCCAGACAGACUUCGUGCAGUACCAGCCGGACCUGGACACCAUCCUGGAGAAAGUGACCAGGGCCCAGGUCUGCGGGGCGGUCCCCGAAUCAGGGCACGGGUGCCCGGAGCCGGAGCCCCGCCCCCCGGGGCCCAAAGACCCCGACUCGGCCGUGGUGGUGACGGUGGGUGACGAGCUCGAGGCCCCCGAGCCCGUCACCCGAGGGCCGAGCCCGCACCGGCCCGGUGCCGACCCCAGCCCGUCGGUGAGCGUGGCGUGCCCCGUGGAAGACGAGGAGGAGGUGGCCGCGGCCGAGAAGGAGCCCAAGAGCUACUGGAGCCGCCACUACAUCGUGGAUCUGCUGGCCGUGGUGGUGCCGGCCGUGCCCACGGUGGCCUGGCUGUGCCGCUCGCAGCGACGCCAGGGCCAGCCCAUUUACAACAUCAGCUCCCUGCUGCGGGGCUGCUGCACGGUGGCCUUGCACUCCAUCCGCAGGAUCAGCUGCCGCUCGCUGAGCCAGCAGGGCCCGGGCGGGCCGGGCGGCGGCUCCCAGCUGUGAGGGGUCCGCGUCCCCGCCAGCGGCUCCGGCGGCCCGACCACUGAUUGUAGGGGUGCCGCUCUCCCCCUCGCUCGUUCCCGGAGGGCAGCAUCUUACUUGUUUGGUCUCGGGUUUGGAAGUGGUUUUUUUUUUCUUUUUUUUUUUUUUCAGGAUGUGAACCGUGUCAGGGGGCUGAGAGUCGGGGUGGGGGGAAGGCGUCCCAAAACGUUGACGGGAGACAAGGGAAGAGAGACCGAAGGCAGGGAGGCACGCCGAUUGUACGAACUGCAGACAGAGGAGGUAGCGAGGUCCCCCCGGCCCGGCCCUGUCCUCCUGGACCUUCCCGCUGGGCGGCCCCGGCCCACAGUGUCUCUGGUGUGUUGAUCUGGGGAGGCUGGGCCUGACACGCCCGGAGCCUCCCUGCCCCCCCACCCCCACGUCCUGUCUGGUGGCCUCCCGCCCACGCCUUCUCUCUCAGGCCGCCCCUUGCCCUGGGUCCAGCCUCCUGGGCCAGCAUCAUCUCCUCACGCGGAGGCAGCCGCCUCCCAGAGUACAGGCAGCUGGCCCGGGACUCGGAGCCGUGUCUGCAGCCACCGGGUCUGGCGUCUUCAGGCCGCUCCCGGCGCUGGGAUUCAGAAGCGUCGUCCAGGCCGUGGGCACGGGCCGGAGGAAAGACCGCGACGGGCAGGAGGUGGCAGAGCGCAGCGUGGGUUCUCUGUGUUUGUUCGUCCUAGACCUUCCCCGGGAUCCGGUCCCCUCUCGGCGCAGAUCAUUCCUCCCACGACAGCCGAGCCAGACAGGCCAGCGCCGGGGCCCGGAGCGCGCACCUGAGCCCAGCUCCCGUCCCGUCCCGAGCCUCUGCCAGCACGCGAGGAGGAGGCAGGGGCCGGCGGCUCCAGGGGGCUCCUCCAGCCUUCCGAGAUGAGGCCCCGCCACCGUGGGGGCAGUCCUCAGCUGGUUUGAGAAGCCACAGGCCACGACCGCCCCUGGAGCUCACCCCGACUUGCUCUGGGGGCUUCAGGCCCAACUUCUGCUUUGCACUAUGUUCACUUUGGGGCUCGGUUCUCACGCACCCCAGCGUCUCCACUGAGGGGCUGUUUGCCUUCGAGGGCGAGGGUUCCUAAACUUUGACCUAUCUGCCUCUGGAAGGAAUUCCAGCAGGAUGGAUGGCAAGAUGGGAUACUGAAGCCAUGAUGUUCGUCCAGGCCAAAGCAGGGUGCCCUGGGAUGUCUCCCAGGCAGGGAUGGGGCGGGGCAAGCGGGGGUGCCCUGAGCCUCCCCACUCACAGCCUGAGGCCAGUUGGCCUGGGAGCUUCCCUGGCCUGCCCCCCUCCUUCCCUGGGACAUCUGGUCCCCCGGCAAAGCUGCUGACCUUUUACCACCACUGUUAUUUUACAAAGUAAACCGCUCCUUCUCCCUGGUGGGGCUUACACCCAUCUGGUCGCCCCUCCUUCAGAGGUUGGGCCCCGCAUUUGGGAGGGGUUGGUGGGACCCCGUGUCUUACUCGUCCCUCCGGCCCAGGGGCCCCUCUGGUUCUCUGCCAAGGCUGCUUGCCCACCCCAGCCGCUCCGACAGCCGUUGCCUGACCUAUGGGCUCCGCCUUUCCUCUCUGCGCCCUCCACUCGGGGGCGGGGUGGGGGGGGCACCUGCAUGCACUGGACAUGGGCAGCCAGCCCAGCCAUGGGGGCGACAGCCCCCUCUGCCACAUGCUUUGUGCCUCCAAAGCUCCCCCCACCGGUUGGGGGCCUCAGACCAGCCAUCCUUUGUGGAGCACCCUUACCCCAGCCAAGCCGCACCUGAACUCCUGGGGCCCGGCUGGGGCUGCCCCACAGACACUGGGGUCGUGACAUGGAGGGGCAGUGGACAAACCCAAUCCAAAGCCAAGCCGGGACUGGCCGUGGACCCAGCCUCCUGUGCCGUGUACUCACGAAGCUGCGUAGCGUCUCCUUAGAAACAAAGCUUUGCCGAGAAAAUAAAUGUAUGACUAUAUUUGACAACAUAAAA